GUUUAUGGAGCUGUCAUCUUUUGAACAGUGUUAUCGCGGAGACCAUAAAAGCAUCCUGCCAAACGUAAACAUUUUGACAAAGGUGAAAUCUGUGUUGGUCGCUGAAAGAGACUAACUGAAAUGGAGAAACUUUGUCUGGAAGAGAAGGCUGGUGUUAGCAACACUGUGACAUCACUGGAGGAGAACCAAAUCUGCACGACCCCAGGUGAAGCUGCGGAUGAUCCCAGCAAUGGACAGCAGGUUCAGCUCACCCAGAGCCUGCAGAAGAAACAUCGUUGUGACAAAUGUCUGAAACAUUUCAGCCGGAAGGGGAAUCUGAAAAUUCAUCAACUCAUUCACACUGGAGAAAAGCCCUAUCUCUGUGACCUGUGUGGAAAGGGUUUCAUUGAGAAAGGUUAUUUUAAUAUUCAUCUGCAAAGACACACUGGUGAAAAGCCUUACAGCUGCAGUCAUUGUGAGAAGAGAUUCAAAGAUUCCUCUGGGCUAAAGAUUCAUCAGCGAAGUCACACUGGUGAAAAACCUUAUAGCUGCAGUCAUUGUGAGAAGAGAUUCAAAGAUUCCUCUGGGCUAAAGAUUCAUCAGCGAAGUCACACUGGUGAAAAACCUUAUAGCUGCAGUCAUUGUGAGAAGAGAUUCAAAGAUUCCUCUGGGCUAAAGAGUCAUCAGCGCAACCACACUGGUGAAAAGCCUUACAGCUGCAGUCAUUGUGAGAAGAGAUUCAAAGAUUCCUCUGGGCUAAAGAUUCAUCAGCGCAACCACACUGGUGAAAAGCCUUACAGCUGCAGUCAUUGUGAGAAGAGAUUCAGAGGUCCCUCUGGGCUAAAGUAUCAUCAGCGAAGUCACACUGGACAAAAAGCCUCAACCACAUAAAAAAGAAGGAACAUCUGCAACUGUGAGGGAAUUUCUGUCUCUCCUCUUCUCUUCCAUCACUACGCCGACAACAGUCGAUGCUGUCUGUAACAUUUAUAUCAAUAAUAAAAACAAGCAUGCAAAUAAAUUGUCAUGUCAUGACCUUGGUAUAAAAGCA